UGUUGUUGUAAGCGACAGAGCUUUUGGUUGCCAAAGAGCGAAAAACAGGCAGAUAGAGGAAGAGUAAUAAAAAUCAAGUGAAAUCAAAGUUAAUGCAGUAAAACUUAAGAGCGCUAUUGAUUGAACAUCGGACAGCUUUUCAAUGAUAAAGCCGUAAAGAAUAGUAAUGUGUGUGACAUAGCCAGAGAAGGAAAAGAUACAAAGGCGCUAUAAAAAACAAAUGUAAAGUGCAUUAAUUUUACUAAUAACAAAUAGCAAUACCAACAAUAAAGAAAGGUGUAUAUGUAAAAUAACAUAGAUAUGAUGCAAGCAAUCUCGGGAAAAUUGCCCAUCGUGACUAGACGUUCCAUGAGCCACAGCGCCAUAGCUCGUACAUUGCUAACUAGUCAAGCGCAGAGAGACAAACAUGAUUGCCAAGUACUGAUUAUCGGUGGUGGUUCAGGCGGAUGCGCUCUAGCGGCGAAGUUAUCCUCGAAAUUGGGGAAAAACAAAGUUACCGUUGUUGAGCCAGCGGAGCAUCACUACUACCAACCAAUGUUCACACUAAUUGGAGGUGGCAUGAAACGACUGGAACAGUCCUUUAAACCUAUGGCAGAAGUACUGCCUAAAAAUAUCAACUGGAUUAAGUCGGAAGCGGUGGAAUUUGAUCCUAAAAACAAUACUGUAAAAACGGCAAAUGGUACUAAUAUCAAAUAUGACGUGUUACUUUUGGCAACUGGCCUGCAGUUAAACUACGAUAAGAUUCCAGGAUUAGUUGAGGCACUCUCAAUACCAAAUGGCAAAGUCUGUUCAAAUUACUCACCUAAAUAUGUCGAUCGCACUUAUGCUUGCCUGCAAAAUAUACAGGAAGGCAAUGCCAUCUUUACGUUUCCGCAAUCACCCGUAAAAUGCCCAGGAGCUCCGCAGAAAAUCGUUUACAUAGCUGAGCACUAUUUCCGAAAGCUUAACAAACGCAACAAAAUUACUAUUACGUACAAUACGUCAUUACCAGUAAUUUUUGGAGUAAAACAUUAUGCGGAUGCUCUGUGGAAAGUUGUCAAAAAACGAGAUAUCAAAGUAAAUCUGAAGAGAAACUUGAUUGAAGUGCGACCAAAUGAAGACAUCGCUGUAUUCCAGAAUCUUGACAAACCAGAAGAGAUUUUUGAAGAAAAAUAUUCCCUGUUGCAUGUCACUCCGCCAAUGAGCACUCCACCUGUGUUGGCACAAUGUAAAGAAUUGGUGAAUGAGACUGGUUUCGUUGAUGUGGACAAAUCAACAUUACAGCAUCUCCGGUACAAGAAUGUUUUUGCUAUCGGCGAUUGCUCGGCAUCACCGAACUCGAAAACCGCUGCCUCAGCGGCAGCCCAAUCGCCAGUCGUUUACCACAAUAUGAGAGCUGUACUAAAAGGCAAGGAAUUGAAAAGCAGCUACGAUGGUUAUGCUUCCUGUCCCCUCGUUACGGGCUAUCAUAGCUGCAUUCUGGCUGAAUUCGAUUACGAUUUGAAGCCAUUGGAAACAUUCCCGAUUGCACAGAAUAAGGAACGCUAUUCAAUGUUCUUUUUGAAAAAGGCCUUAAUGCCCACACUCUAUUGGAAAGUAAUGUUGACCGGCUAUUGGAAUGGUCCAGCUCUAAUGCGAAAGGCCCUAUCCAUAUUUGACUUUGGUAAAAAAGGAAUACAAGGACGCAAAGAGGACAAAUAAGUCAUGGCUCAAUAGUAUACUUGUGAGAAGAUAACCGCAAUAAAUGUUUUGGAAGCUUAAAAUUAAAAACAAAGAAACAAACACCAAACCUUUUGGGUAUAAAAACACUAAAUUUAUUGCGAAGAGCUGGCAACACUGCACAACUCAACUAAUGCGACGUCACUCCCUCUCUGAUGGGCACAAUCCUGUUUCUAUUAUUCUUGGAUGGACCAUUAAAACAGUCGCUUAAAUCUGGUAUCGAAUCAUCACAUCAGCGAACGUAUUUGAAUUUUUGUUUCAAGUAUUCAGUGGAGAUUUUUUUUAUUUUAUAAGUGAUCUUGGAUUUUAUUUGAUUUACUUUUGUAUUCUUUGCUAUUUAAGCAUUUAUGACUGACGAAACAUUUUUAUGUGAUAAAUGCAACAAGUGACCAUUAACGAAGUACAUAUUUGAUAAAAAUAUAAUAAAUAAAAAAUGAAUUUGCA